GAGUCAGGCGCGCGCAGGCGCAGUGUCGGCCGCCGGUGCCGCGGCCUUUGUCUAGCCGUCAGGCGGAGCAGGGCCAGCCGUUCCUGCCAGAAGCCAGGGCAUGACCCCUGGGCUGCGCGUCUCCACAGACCCGGAGCAAGUGACCUUUGAGGACGUGGUGGUGGACUUCAGCCAGGAGGAGUGGGGGCAGCUGAAGCCUGCCCAGAGGACCCUGUACCGUGAUGUGAUGCUGGACACCUUCAGGCUUCUGGUCUCUGUGGGACAUUGGUUACCGAAGCCGAAUGUCGUCUCCCUGCUGGAGCAAGAGGCAGAGCCACGGGCGGUGGACUCUGGAGUUCCCCCAGGCGUGUACCCAGACUUGGAAACUAAACCCAAAGUCAAACUGUCAGUUCUAAAACAAGGCAUCUCUGAAGAAAUAUCCAACAGUGUCAUCUUGGUAGAAAGAUUCCUGUGGGAUGGUCUGUGGUACUACAGGGGUGAGGACACUGAGGGCCACUGGGAAUGGAGUUGUGAAAGCCUGGAGAGCCUGGCAGUGCCGGCGGCCUUCACGCCUGUGAAGACGCCUGUUCAGGAGCAGUGGCAGAGGAAUGGGUUUGGGGAAAACGUAAGUCUGAACCCUAAUCUCCCACAUCAACCAAUGACUCCUGAAAGACAAGGCCCCCACAUGUGGGGAACAUGUGGAAAAAGGGAGAAGCCAGACCUAAAUGUUCUACAGAAAACGUGUGUAAAAGAGAAACCCUACAAAUGUCAGGAAUGCAGAAAGGCCUUUAGUCACAGCUCAGCACUUAUCGAACACCACCGGACACAUACAGGAGAGAGACCUUACGAAUGUCACGAAUGUGGAAAAGGCUUCCGGAACAGCUCGGCACUUACCAAACACCAGAGAAUCCACACUGGGGAGAAACCCUAUAAAUGCACUCAGUGUGGGAGGACCUUCAACCAAAUUGCCCCACUGAUCCAGCACCAGAGAACUCACACAGGCGAGAAGCCCUAUGAGUGCAGCGAAUGUGGAAAAUCCUUCAGUUUUAGGUCCUCCUUCAGCCAGCACGAGCGAACUCACACAGGUGAGAAGCCCUACGAGUGCAGCGAGUGCGGGAAAGCCUUCCGCCAAAGCAUCCACCUCACCCAGCAUCUGCGAAUCCACACUGGGGAGAAACCCUAUCAGUGUGGUGAGUGUGGCAAGGCCUUCAGCCACAGCUCGUCCUUGACCAAACACCAGCGAAUCCACACAGGGGAGAAGCCCUACGAGUGCCAUGAGUGUGGAAAAGCCUUCACCCAGAUUACCCCACUGAUUCAGCACCAGAGGACCCACACAGGAGAAAAGCCCUAUGAGUGCAGCGAGUGUGGGAAAGCCUUCAGCCAGAGCACACUCUUGACCGAGCAUCGGAGGAUUCACACAGGAGAGAAGCCCUACGGAUGCAACGAGUGUGGGAAAACCUUCAGCCACAGCUCCUCGCUCAGCCAGCAUGAGCGGACGCACACAGGAGAGAAGCCCUACGAGUGCAGUCAGUGUGGGAAGGCCUUCCGGCAGAGCACACACCUCACUCAACACCAGCGAAUCCACACGGGGGAGAAGCCCUAUGAAUGCAAUGACUGUGGCAAGGCAUUCAGCCACAGCUCAUCCCUCACCAAACAUCAGCGAAUCCACACUGGGGAGAAGCCCUAUGAAUGCAACCAGUGUGGCAGAGCCUUCAGCCAGCUUGCUCCCCUCAUUCAGCAUCAGAGGAUCCACACAGGAGAGAAACCCUAUGAAUGUAACCAGUGUGGCAGAGCCUUCAGCCAGAGCUCCCUUCUCAUCGAACACCAGAGGAUUCACACCAAGGAAAAGCCCUAUGGGUGCAAUGAGUGUGGGAAAUCCUUCAGCCACAGCUCCUCGCUCAGCCAGCACGAAAGGACGCACACUGGGGAAAAGCCCUAUGAGUGUCACGAUUGUGGAAAGUCUUUUAGGCAGAGCACCCACCUCACUCAGCACCGGAGGAUCCACACAGGAGAGAAGCCGUAUGCGUGCAGGGACUGUGGAAAGGCCUUUACACACAGCUCCUCCCUUACCAAGCACCAGAGAACUCACACUGGAUAAACCCAUCCACAUGUGCUGGGGACAUAGGAAGACCUUAAGCCAUAGCUCAUCCCUUUCCAGAUUUGACCCAAUCAUACACAUGAUAAAUGUAUAUUCAUACACAAGCCUUUUCACACAGCACUUCCCUCAGACACCUCAGAGAGUUCACACUGAUGGGAAAUGACCAUAGGACUACCAAGCUCUAGGUCGUCCAUCCCUGUAUCCAAAUAAUAGGGAAAUGUGGAGAUAAUCAGCACUCAGGACCUUCACCCUCGAAUGCCCAUUAGUGCUACGUUAUAGAACCUACAAAAAAGAAAUGGAACAAGUGUAGUGGAAUCAGGGAAAGCUUUUGUCCAAGGAUUCACCAUAUUCCAAAACCAGAGAUGUUCAGAUUGGUGAGAAACCCAACAAAUGCCUUUCAUAUAUACAAGAACCAAAUGGAGUCAGAAUUUGCCAUUAUUGCACAUCACAUUUUGUGGGGGGAAAGUGCUUAUGAAUGGUGCAGGUUGACUCUGAUAUUCCGAAAUGACAAUAUGGCAGAGUGUUCCAGAAAUGAGAGUGGCAUCUUUAUGGAAUCACUAUGGAUACUGACUGUCUCAGUAAAAAGCUGUCUGGUUUGUGUGUAUAUUGUUUGAUCAGGGUACGUGCCAGCCAGUCACUGAUUGGAAUUCCAUAUGACAAAGUAUCAGUGUACUAUAAACAGGUUUUUAGUUAUCCCUGCAUUAUAUUUGCAAUUAAUCUUUAUAUGCAAUGAGAUUGAAAAGCUUUGUAUGGGAAGACUUAAAAUGUAAAGUUGCUUCCAUAGAGUCUCACUGAUUCUGAGAUGGCUUUUGCUACUCUGUUCUCCCUCUACAUUUCUCUGCAGAACUCGCGUUAGAAACACAGGUAUUUGUUUUACAAAAAGGAAGAUCUUUCCUUUGUUAAACCAUCAUCUUAUAAGCAAUAGCAAAUUUGUGUUAGAAACUUC